UCCGAGGGGCAAAAUGACCAAUGUAAACAAAAUAAAUAUGCGUCAAAAAAAUUUAAUGAGUGACUUUAUGCUACAGCAUCAGGAUUCGGCGAAAAAUAUUUUGCCUAAUUGUGGGCAAGGCAAAGUUGCAGCAAAUAAGCUAUGGGAGGCAUUGACUUUAAAACUGAACGCUGCCGGGCCACCGAUGAAAGAUGCUAAGUCUUGGCGAAAAGUAUUUACUGAUCAGAAGCACAACAUAAAAAAGAAAAUUUCUUCCAACAAAGCCUCGAAACAAAGGACUGGUGGUGGUCCGUACGAGGAAAAGCUAUUAACUGCGGCAGAAGAGCAACUCCUCCAAGCUACGGGGAUAGAUGUUGCUGCAGAAGGGUUAGCCGUAGUAAAAUCUUUUGGAAAUAUAGAGCCCGAAGAAUGA